GAUGGCGGAGGUGAGCGCGAGUAGCGGCAGCAGUGACUCUUCCAGCACGGCUGAGGAGGAGUGCGUGCGGCGGCUGUUUCAGACGUGUGACGGGGACGGAGACGGAUUCAUCAACCGGAAUGAUCUGUUGAUGGUGUGUCGUCAGUUGAAUAUGGAAGACUCCGUCGCUGAGAUUAUGGGUCAGCUUGGCGCAGAUGAGCGUGGGAAGAUUUCCUUUGAAGAUUUCACACGCUGUCACAUGCAGCUGGUCAACGAGAUCCGCAAGGAAGAAGGACAACUAUUGCUCGUCUCAAGCGACUCGGACAAGAGGAAACUUAGGGAACGCAUCACCUCCUGGCCAACCAGCAGUGAGAAUAGUUUAGGCGCUCGUGAGAGUUGGGAAUAUGAUUCUGGAGCGCGAGACUUACAGAGUCCAGAUCUACAGUCACCAACACAACAUCAACCACAGCAGAAUUCACCGCUGAUCCACAAACUUCUAGAUCAACCCAACGUUCUGGAUCCUUCAGCUGGACUCCACAAGCUCUUGACCCCGCCUCCUGUCAACUGCAGCAGCCCAUUGGGCGGUAGUUACCUGGAACUGGCCAAUACGGUCGAGGAAGGCGGGGAUGACCCGCCGGCAGUCGGGGCGCAAGGCACCCCCAAAGGAGAGGAAGGGGGGAUGUACGUCAUGCCGGGGGCUCCCCGGCCUGAGUCAACGCCGGGAGGAGUGUAGAGUCGAGGAUGGCGGGGCUGGGCUGGGCUGGAACAAUGCACGCCUGGACCCCAAUCAGCCUGAUGGGGCGCGCGCGGGAUAAAGGCAG